CAGUCUUCGCACCGUUAAAACCCGACGAGAUGUCCGCAGUUACCUCCGCGGUCUCCUGCCGCGCGCCCCUCCGCGUCUCCGCGUUCAAGGGCAAGGCCGUCAAGGCUUCCAAGGCGGUCAAGGCCGCCCGCGUCGCCGUGACCACCUCCGCGUCCUGGAACCCGUUCGCGCAAAACUCCAACAAGGCGGGCAUCGUGGGUUCCCAGGGCCGCGAGGACUACGAGGCGGAGGACGUCGAGUACUACUUCAACUACAUGGGCAUCCUCGCCGACGAGGGCAGCAACGACCGCAUGGACGCGCUCCUCAACGCGGGCAAGCAUCCCAUCGACGUCAUCCUCCUCUUCGCCGCGGCGGAGGGCGACGUGCCGAAGAUCGAGGAGAUCCUCGAGGCGGGCGCGGACCCGAAGGUGACGGACAUGGACGGAAAGACCCCGAUGGACCUGGCGGGUGCCAACAACCCGGGGAAGAAGGACGUCGUCGUCAAGAUGCUCCAGAACGCGAUGUGAGAAACCUCACCGAAACCUUAAUAGUCUAACACUUACUACGAUGAC